AUGCUUAAAGGCAGUUUCCAUCCCAGUGGAUACAUGCGUCACGACACUUACGCGCGGCUGCCCCCGGUGGAUGUCAGCACGGUAACCACAUCACUUCACCGAUCUGAACCACUUCGGUACCUGAGCAGCAGCCUGUGUAGUUGCGCUGUACGUGCUAUUUCGGGAAGGAAUAGAUGCGUGGAAUUCCACAUAUUUCCAUACACCAUCACGUUAGCCGUCCUCACCGCCUGGCUCAUCCUAGCUUCCGUCUUGUCCAUCUCCACCGGUCUUUCUCUGGCGAAAGCCCUCGGUCUCCCACCGGCCACACCCAACCGCGACUUCCGCCUGGACUAUCUGCUGCGUUUCGCUGCCCUGGUCAGCACCCUGUCCAUUCUAGUGGGCACGGCCGCCUUCCUCCACGGGCUCAUCUUAUUACUGCAAAUGACCCACCAGUCGCUGGCCCGCGAUGAUACCGAAGAGUUCAUCGAACAGAUGGACUCCAUGGGCCUGUAUGAUGUGGCCGAAGCGGUCCAGAAUCAGACCAAGAAGAACAGGCAAGUAGCCGGGUCAUCCAGUACCGCCGUUGGGCUUGUCGCCUUCCUUAUCAACAUGGUCGCCUUGUCGGUGGUGUGGAAAUCGAGGAGAACGGCGUGGGAUGAGCGCCGGAACCGUGGGGAGGAUAUCGGGGUCAGCGUGAUUGGGAUGCCCGACAAUGUUCCGCCACCGCCUACAUAUGCCACGGCAAUAGCCAGUAGUGGAGCGGAAACGCCGGUAUAUCCGAUGCCCGAGCCUCCACCUCGAUACACCGCCUCGUGAUUUUUUUUAUAUACACGCAGUAAUGUACUGAUGUAUUUAAAAUGAGGCCAACAAAUCUGCAACCAUGAAGCUAUACUUACCUAGCUAACUUAACCAUUUAUUUAGGGGAUCAAUCGUAAAAAUGACUUCCUUAUGGGAUACAAAUUAUAUUGUGAUUUUUUAUAUGAGAUUAAUAUUUUUAUUUGCUUAUCGAAAUCUUUGGAAUUUCUGUAUGUACAGUCACACAAUGAAGCUUAUUUCUGAAGAAUGCAUGUCACAGGCCUAAAAGCUAUAAAAUUACU